AUGCAGACACAGGGGUCCUGGCCCUCGGGGGUCCUGGUCUACACAGGGCGGGGCCCUGGACGGGGGCUCGAUGGGGCGAGAUCAGAACUGGGACAGCUUUGUCUCCUGCAGGACGGGGAUGUGCAGCGGCACCUCUAUCUCCAGGAUGUGCUCACGCAGGUGGCUGGGGAUCCCGAGAGGCCCAGGGUGCCCGAGUUCACCUGUCAGGUAGCCGGGUGCUGCCAGGUGUUUGACGCCCUGGAGGACUACGAGCACCACUACCACACUCUGCACAGAAACGUCUGCUCCUUCUGCAAGCGGGCCUUUCCCUCGGGACACCUGCUGGACACCCACAUCCUGGAGUGGCACGACUCCCUGUUCCAGAUCCUGGCUGAGCGGCAGGACAUGUACCAGUGCUUGGUGGAGGGCUGCACAGAGAAGUUUAGGACCAGCAGAGACAGGAAGGAGCACCUGGUGACACGUCACCUCUACCCUGCGGACUUCCGCUUCGAUAAACCAAGGAAGAGCAAAGGCCCAGCCACGCCCGGGCCCGCCGUGCAGGUGUCCGCAGAAGCCCUGGGGGAUGACCAGGUGCCAUCAGAAGGAGACGCCAUGGAAGUCUGCUUUGGACACACAGAGCUGCCCCCAGAAUCUUCCGGAGAGAGGCGGACCUACGGCCACAGAAUUCCUUCUGCCGUCUGCUUCGGCCAAGGCGCAUCACGAGGAUUUAAAAGCACCAAGAAAAGAAAUGAGCACCAGUGACGCUGAGACCGAGAGGAAGAGCCACGAAGUCGAGCAGAUCCUCGGCGGGAGACGGGCCCUCCGCAGAAUGUGGUGUCACCGUAGGCUUUUCCUCGUGCCUUGCUGUGGCCACCCCAGGACCCUGGCCCUGCUGUCCUCGGAGUCUUGGUCCCUCGGUGAACCACCGAAUGACGCGGGGAGCUGUGUUGGGAGCCGAGAGGGGCCCACGGAUUCCAGGAGGGGCCCGACCCACGUGGCAGCUGGAGUGGGGAGGGCAGCCCUGCUCCUCACAGGGCCCACCCCCGGCCCCACAGCCAAGGGCGACCUCUGUAAACACGUGGAGAGAAUAUUUUUCACGA